GCCCCGCGAUGAAGGCGGCUCAGGCGGUGGGCGAGGAGGCGCCGCCCGGCGUGCGCUCGGUCAAGGUGGUCCUGGUGGGCGACGGCGGCUGCGGGAAGACGUCGCUGCUGAUGGUCUUCGCCGAAGGGGCCUUCCCCGAGAGCUACACGCCCACCGUGUUCGAGCGGCUUACCGUUAACCUGCAGAUGAAGGGCAAACCUGUGCACCUCCAGAUCUGGGACACAGCAGGGCAAGUUGACUACGACCGCUUGCGGCCCCUGUUCUACCCUGAUGCCAGCGUCCUGCUCCUCUGCUUUGAUGUCACCAGCCCUUACAGCUUUGACAACAUCUCCAACCGGUGGUACCCAGAGGUGAAUCACUUCUGCAAGGAGGUGCCCAUCAUCCUCGUGGGCUGCAAGACCGACCUGCGCAAGGACAAGUCGCUGGUGAAGAAGCUGCGGAAAAAUAAGUUGGAGCCCGUGACCUACCACAGGGGUCAGGAGAUGGCGAGGUCCGUGGGCGCAGUGGCCUACCUCGAGUGCUCGGCUCUGCUCCACGAAAACGUCCACGCCGUCUUCCAGGAGGCGGCCGAGGUGGCCCUCAGCAGCCGCAGUCGCAACCUCUGGCGGCGGAUCACCCGGAGCUUUUGCGUGGUGACCUGACGGCUUGGGGCCCUCUCUGCCCCGACCGCCCUAGCAGCAUAGGAAGGAGCUGGGUGCUGACCUCUGCCCAGUUGGCCGGGCUGGACCCGGUCCCUAGGCUGUGACCGCCGCUCUCACCUCAAACGGAUGCACACCACCGAGGCCGGGCCCCCAACCCUGGGGCUGGGAUCCCUGGAUUGGAGCGAAAUCGCUCUGAGGCCUGGAGACCCCCGGAAUGACCAACAGAGUCCCAGCUCCCAGCCCUGGACCGCAUCCUGGAGCGGCCUGUGCAGCCUGGCGCCACCUCGCGGCUGUUCCUGGGACUGCACCUUCAGGAUCCUGUGUUUCUGGGACCCUCCGGCCAGAACUCACACCCUGCCCCUUCCCACCUCGCCCUGCCCAUCCCAGUGGUAACUAACAACUAAAAUGACAUCACUUGUCAGUCGUGUCAUGCUUCUUGUUUCGAAA